UAUAUCGUUCAGUCCGACAGGGAAGUGGCCCAACUUCUCAGAGCAGGUGUUUUCGGAGGAGCUCAAUGGAGGCGUGAGGAGGGGAAAUUUCAUAUAUUUUCCUCUUUACACCCCUUGCGUACUAAACUUUUAGAUGUUUGCAAAAAUGGUUUCUAAGUUGACAUCCCUGCAACAGGAGCUUCUGAGCGCCUUGUUGGACUCUGGAGUGACUAAAGAUGUGCUUCUGCAAGCGUUGGAGGACCUGGACCCGAGCCCGAGCGCUUUUGGAGUUAAACUGGACGGUCUGCAGAUGUCCCCCUCCGGGUCCAAGCUCAGUGACACGGACACAAAGCCGGUGUUUCACACGCUGACCAAUGGACACGGUAAAGGGAAGUUAUCAGGGGAUGAGGGCUCAGAGGACGGGGAUGAUUUCGAUACCCCUCCGAUCCUAAAAGAGCUUCAGUCCCAAAACACGGAGGAAGCCGCGGAGCAGAGGGCAGAAAUCGACAGGAUUUUGGCAGAGGACCCGUGGCGCGCGGCCCGCAUGAUCAAAGGCUACAUGCAGCAGCACAAUAUCCCUCAGCGCGAGGUGGUGGAUGUGACAGGCCUCAAUCAGUCGCACCUGUCGCAGCACCUGAAUAAAGGCACGCCUAUGAAAACGCAGAAACGCGCGGCGCUCUACACCUGGUACGUCAGGAAACAGCGGGAGAUCUUGCGACAAUUCAACCAGGCCUCGCAAGGCUCUGGCAGCAACAUGUCAGACAAAGCCAACCAGGAUCAGGUGCUACUUUUUUUCUCUGAGUUCAGUCAGUCCGGGCAGGUUAUGGCGCAGUCAGGGGAUGAUGCUGGCAUUGAACCUGCUUGCAAGAAGAUGAGACGCAACCGCUUCAAAUGGGGGCCUGCAUCCCAACAGAUCCUUUACCAGGCUUACGAACGACAGAAGAACCCCAGCAAAGAGGAGAGGGAGGCACUGGUGGAGGAGUGCAACCGAGCUGAAUGCCUCCAGAGAGGAGUAUCACCAUCCAAAGCUCACGGGCUUGGCUCCAACCUGGUCACAGAGGUGCGAGUCUACAACUGGUUUGCCAACAGGCGGAAGGAAGAAGCCUUCAGACAAAAAUUGGCUAUGGAUGCCUAUAGCGGGCCAACGCACAAUCUGAACUCCCUUCUUACACACAGCUCCCCGCAUCAUCCACAAACCAGCAGCUCCCCACCAAGUAAGAUGCAAGGUGUCCGGUACAGCCAACAAGGUCCAGGUGAAGUCAGUUCCUCCACAACGAUCAAUCACCAUAGCAGCAAUGCCAUGACAACCAGCCAAUCAGUGUUACAGCAGGUCUCUCCGGGGGUUCUGGACCCCAGCCACAGCCUUCUGUCACCUGACGCCAAGAUGAUCUCAGUAUCAGGCGGAGGCCUUCCUCCAGUCAGCACCCUGACCAACAUCCAUGCAUCCCACCACAUGCACCAACAGACCCACAACCUCAUUAUGCCCCUUUCUGGAGUCAUGGCCAUUGCACAAAGUUUAAACACAUCGCAGGCACAGACGGUACCGGUCAUCAACAGCGUUGCAAGCAGUCUAGCAGCAUUGCAACCGGUGCAGUUCUCGCAGCAGUUCAAUAGCCCUCACCAGCAGCUCAUGCAACAGUCAUCCAGCCACAUGAGCCAGCAGCCCUUCAUGGCUUCUGUCUCACACUCACACAUGUACUCGCACAGGCAGGAGCUGCCCCAGUACUCUCACUCGUCUCGGUUUCCCCCUGCCAUGAUGGUGACAGACUCCAACAGCCUCAGUACGCUGAGCUCAAUGUCCUCCAGCAAACAGUGUCCACUGCAGGCCUGGUGAGCACGUACACCCGACUCCCUCGAAGCACAUCGUCCCCUCCUCCAUUCCCCCUCAUCAUGCCUGUAUCCGUGGCAACCCAUAUUAAGUGCGAGCGGCACGCUGGAUGAUGAGUUAGUCAAUAAACCAAGGAAUGCAGGACUGACGAGAGCGGACACUGUUAGGUUAAUCGAUCAACAAGGGUACAGUAUUUUACAUCUCAGUGAUGGACAAACCAUAUUGAGGAACAUGGGUGAUCGAGAAGAACAAACUAAUAGGAAACACAAGACAAAGCUAAAGAUACAAAGACCUGAAAGGAUUGGAGAGACCUGAUUUCCUGGUGAAGACAUUAUAAUCGAACUGUGUGGACACAAUGACAAUCAGCCAAUGUUAGAAGCAUCUGAAGGAGUUCAUGUAAUGUGUAACUGAUGCAAAGACGUCUUCCAUGAGAUCUGAAUGCUUCGACAAUGUUCUGUACAGUUCAAUGUAAAUACAAGCAAUUAUUAUAUCAUUAGUAUGAAGGAUGUAAAUAUUCGGAGUGCUGUUUUAUCUGUCUUAACAUGUAAACUGUGAUUCAGGAUGUGACAAUCUAUGGGGCAGGUAUGACGUAUUGGAAUAUGCAAUGUGUCGCAAUUUUUUUUUUUGAUGACUUUUGUUGACGUAAACUCUAAAAAGUGAGAUAAAUGUUAACGCACAGUCAACAAAACCUUAACCCAUCGAUCUCCCUGCAACCCUGAUUUUAAAAUCGACGCUAAUGACACAUAGAUGGGAGUCAUCUUUCUGUGUCAGGACUUCCACAGUAUGACAGAAUCCCAUCCAAGAAAUACUGGAUUAAGAUGUGGUAGAGCAGCGAGACAGAUUACUCCAUCCACACAGCCGGUCACCAUCCUUGCGAUAUCGACAGAAACGGCCGUGAGUCAUGACGUGCUUUUCUAAACUAAAUAUUGACUUCAAAUCAAACUGUCAUUGUUAUGGUGGAGAGAUACUAAUCAAAUGGAUGACCUAAGGGUUAUCAGAAGGAACUUCAUGAAAGUUGGGAAAUGUAGUCAAUUCACCAUUUUAAACAGGAUUACCUGCUAACGCCACUCUGAACUACCAGGAAGCAUUGCGAAGUAGCUUUUAUAGUAGCUCUUGGCUAAGUUUUUUUUUAUACAUUUGCUGGCAUGUAUGUCCACAGUUUCAUAACAGACAUUGUCAUUUUGGUAAACUGAAGAAAACUAGUGCACACGUUCCCGUCUAAAAGUUUGAAUACUUAUCAAAAGGUCAUUUCAAUGUUUGUUUUUCAUGUUGUUGACUAUGUUCCCACUGCCGGUCGACCUGAGUGUUGGUUUGGUCUACUGUUUAAUGUUGGAUUUAUACAAAAUGUGAUUCUUUCCACAUUGUAUUAUUUUUGUAUAAAAUGAAAUCAAUCUUUUAAAAUCAUUAUUUAUGCUUUACGAAAAAAGUUUCAAGUAAAGUUUUUUUUUUCUCAAGAUUGGUAACA